ACCCACUUUUCUUUGCAAGUCAUCAAAAACAACACCCAAUAUUUCAGAGAGCUAGCUAGCUAGCGGCAAGGCACAGAUUUGAAAUGGCUACUAAAGAGCAGAACCAAAAGCUCACAAUUGACAAUCUGAAAACAGAAAUGAAACUGACUGAUGAGCAGCUCAAUACAGCAAUACAAGAACCAGAUCUACCUGAGUUAGCAGCAUGUUUCGACAAUGUUCACAAAGGCUAUCUUGAAAAACUGGAGCUCUUACCUGGAGAACAAACUGAUGUUAGGACUAGAGCAUAUGUAGAUGGCACUCUGGCAGGAAUGUUGCUGGCUUUGAAAUUCUGGAUACUGACCAACGGACUAGACGCCACUUUCCAAGCUCUGCUACUCAUCAUACUCUCCCUGCUCAAAAGAGACGUUGCUAUUCGAGUGUGCAAGUACUUGCAAUUGUCUGACAAAUACUCCACCACCUCGUGUCCUCUCUCCCGAGAGAGGGUCCUGCUGAACCACAAGCUGUCCUCGUACAGGGACUACCUACAAAGUCGCUACAAAACACAAGUAUCCACAUCAGCCACACAAUGGCCUCCCGUCCCAACAAAGAAAAUUUUAAAACUAGCCAUGAUUCAGAGGGAAGAAAUACAGAGAGGAAGAAUCGACGAUGAAUUUGUUAGACUAACAAUUACCGGGAAAAUUGAUGAUAUUUUACUUAAAAAAACUCCGGUUAACUUGACUAACAUUUUCUCUGAGAUUGAGGAUACACGAAACUUUGUGUUGAUUGAAGGAGCUCCCGGCUCUGGCAAGAGCACCCUUGCUCUGCACAUCUGUCGGGAGUGGGCAAAGGGGAAACUUUUCCAAGAGUUCGAUAUUGCAAUCCUCGUGAGACUGAGAGAUCCACUUGUUAGAGAAGCAAAGACAAUUACUGACAUACUUCCCUGCAUCGAUAUGGCCAUGGCUAAUGAGACAGAGGCAGUAAUAAAAUCAUUGUAUGGCAAAGGUGUACUGUGGGUGCUGGAUGGAUGGGACGAGCUUCCUUCUGACCUCCCUAGAGACUCCAUUAUCAACAAACUAAUUCGACCAGAUAUGUCACAAGAAAGUCCACUACACGAAUCAGCUGUGAUUUUAACAUCUCGACCGUCAUCUUCGGCUGAGCUCCACCCACUAGUCUCGUCCAGGGUGGAGGUAUUGGGGUUCACUUCACAUGAACUAGAACAGUACUUCACCAAGUGUCUGCAAGGUGACUCACAAGCUGUGCGGACUCUACUGGAGAGAAUUCGAGAGAACCCAGUGGUAGAAGGUAGCUGCUACCUCCCCCUCAAUGCUUCCAUUGUCGUUAAUUGCUUCCUUUCUGAUAACCACUCACUCCCAACAUCCAACCACGGGAUAUUCACAUCAGUUGUCCAGAGCUCUCUCAAGAGAUACCUCCAGGAUAGGUUGGGGAAGACCACUCCUGUGGGAGACAUCACAUCCCCAGACUCACUGCCCCCAGAAAUCAGAACACAGUCCGUACAAAUUUGUCAACUUGCAUAUCAUGGGAUUGAAAAAAACAAAAUAACAUUUACUGACAGGGAUUUGGCUGCUCUUCGCAUUACGAAGGAAAUUUCAAACGUUGGAUUAUUACAAACUGUUCCUAGUAUCAUUAACGAUUGUCAUCUGGUUUACUACUGCUUUCUUCACCUGUCUAUUCAAGAGCUACUAGCAGCAAUCCACAUCUCUCUCAUGUCUCCCAAGCAACAAAUCUCUGUCUUCCAGAAGCUGCUUUGUAAUCCUCGGUUCAAUGCAGUCUUCCAGUUUUAUGCUGGUAUCACCAAACUAAGAACUAGUAGACCAAUCCUCAGUUUGCUACCUCAAUUCUUGCGUCCAAAAAUGAGAAAGAGAAAGAGUAUGAGUCGAAGAUCCUUUUGUUGUCCCUCAUCAAUUGUUUGUACGAAGCUGAAGACUCAUCACUGUGUGUAUUUGUGGCUAAUCUUCUUAAUCACAAUCUAGAUCUU